AUGGUUGAUGGUCAACAAUGCUCGAUGAGACGGUCUCUGAAAAGAUGUGAGGGGACAACUUUGUGGCCGAUCGAUGCUGUGAGGCAGUGGGGGCAGGAGCCACCGGGUGGGGAGAUCGCCAAGCUGGAAACGCCAAGAAGAAGAAGGAGCAGGAGCUACAGCCAGUCUGGUGGGCUUGACAUUUUUGGCCCGUCCAGUGGCUGCGUCGUUCGGACCGGACAGCUCGACGAAAUGGACUGGUCAAUGGCCGUUGCUAGCGUCAAGUCAGGCUCAUGUUCGUUGAGACUCAACCGGCGGAAGCAAGCACGAGGCGUUAGCUGCAACUGUGCAAUUCAAUGGCUCCAGCGCUUGGCCGCCCCUGUGGAAAUGGAGCUUGUUCCUUCAAUGUUUGCCUCCCCCUGGCCGGUUCUGACCCAAAACAGCCUAGUGGCAGAAGUGUGUGUGGAUUUAUGCACCGUCAUUCAACUCUUCCAAGGAAAGCAACCAAACUUGAACCACACUCAAACUCCCGUUGAUGCCGUUUUAUCAUGGUGUGUGCCAUCUUCUCCAAUAACUACUCCAACAAUCGAUGCAGCCAGUCUGCCAGUCUCCCCGUCCGCAGAGAUGCAGUGUGUGUGCUGCUCCCCUCGCCGUCGCCUGGUUGCUAGGUAA